UAGCUAAUAUGCAUGGUAGGGGGAACUGAUCCACUGCUUGAGUUAAAUAUAACCCUGUCUAGUGUAAGGAGAAGAUUUAAUGGGAAAUGGUUGGCAUUCUUUCUUCCUAAAGGCACAGAGAGACAGAAGGAGAGCGAGCGAGAGAGAGACAUACAAACACACACUCUCACACACCCAGAGAAAGGGGAAGAGAGAGCAAGCAAGACAGAUAUAGAGAAGACAGUGUAGAGAGAGAGAUCCCCAGAGCAGACCUGCAUCUCUAAGUUGGAAUUUUACAGAGUGCAGCCAGCAUGGUCGUCCUCAGUUUAAUAGCUUUGGGAUUUUAUCUUCAGCUUUUUUUCUGCUUUGUUUUAUCUCACACUUCGUUCAUCGACAGCGUCUUCCCCGUUUCCUCAGACCUCCCUUGCUUGGAACAGAAGAAACGAAUUAAUAACAGAGCAUGCUGUCUCCUUGCCCCUCCUCCACCGCCGUUAUUUCCACCACCGUAUUUCAAACAGGGCUGGGAUUCUAAGCUGCUUACCCUUGAUAUGAAACAUUUAUGUCAAGAGCUUCAGAUAACACAAGCUUCACGUGAACCAGAAUUCAAUUGCCCUUCAGGGCCUCCUGGCCCCCAGGGCCCACAAGGAAUUCCUGGUGUGAUGGGACCAAAAGGGGAAAAAGGGGAAAUUGGCAGACCAGGAAGAAAGGGUAGACCAGGCCCUCCAGGUGUCCCGGGAAUGCCAGGACCAAUUGGAUGGCCUGGACCAAUGGGACCUAAGGGUGAAAAGGGGGAUUUGGGUGUGAUGGGAUUGCCAGGUACAAGAGGACCAAUUGGCUCAAAGGGUUAUCCUGGAAGUAGAGGAGAAAAGGGAGCCAGAGGAGAGAGGGGUGACAAAGGCCUCAAAGGAGACAAGGGGUAUAUAGGUUUCCCUGGAAUGCUGGGACAGAAAGGAGAAAUGGGUCCAAAGGGAGAACCUGGAGUGCCUGGGCACAGAGGACCUAUUGGAAGACCAGGAAAACGAGGCAAACAAGGACAAAAGGGAGAUAUUGGACCUGCUGGAAUUAUGGGUCCACCUGGCAGGCCUGGUCCUUUAGGUCAACCAGGUCCACCAGGACCUUCAGUAUCAGGACAAUUAGCAAUAGGACCAAAAGGGGAAAGAGGGCUUCCAGGGCCUCCAGGGAGAUGUCUCUGCAAACCCCCACAAAAUAUGAAUAUCCCACCAUAUGAGGAAUCCGUGAUUGGACACAGCUAUCCAAAAGUCCCUGCGAUUUUUGUGGUGAACAAUCAGGAAGAGUUGGACCGGCUGAAUACUGAAAAUGCUUUAGCCUUUCGAAGAGAUCAGAGAUCUCUGUAUUUCAAGGAUACCAUCGGAUGGCUUCCAAUCCAGCUUACCCCUUUCUAUCCCGUGGAUUACCCUGUAGAGGAUGGCAGCACCUGUGGAGAUGGCAUCAUCCAGGAUGGGGAAGAAUGUGAUGAUGGCAAUACUAUUGUGACAGAUGACUGUAUAAGAUGCCACCAUGCUUACUGUGGAGAUGGCUACCGACAUGAGGGAGUAGAAGAUUGUGAUGGAAAAGAUUUUGGAUAUUUGACAUGUAAAACAUAUCUCCCUGGGUCUUAUGGAAAAUUGUGGUGUACUUCUUAUUGUUAUAUUGACUCUACACAGUGUCGGUAUUUCACAUGAAGGAAAAAUGGAGGUGGGUAGCAUCCCACAUGUAACAGAAACACCAGGUGCUACACUAUCAUCAAUCUGAGAAGGACUGGGAAAUCUACAAAACCUCUGUGUGGGGGAAAAAACAAAUAUCAUGCUGCUGAUGGCUCUUUGAGAUGUGUUUUUUUUUAAUAAGUCCGACUGGAAGAAAAUAGGACCACUGCAUCCUGUCUUAACAGAAAAAUGUCAAACAGUGUUUGCCAGUAAGACUUGUGUUUCACCUGGCUGCUUAUGGGAACUGCUCUUUGUCAGAACCACCAGACUAAACCACUGGAAAACUGAAUUUCACUAAACAGGAAUAUUGUGUAACAAGACAACAAUACCUCAACUUAGUACUGUUAGACCUAAAUACAAACUCUUCAGGGUUUUUGUUUUUAGACUUUCUCAGCAUAAACACAAGGCAUAUCCCGGAUGCGGUGUUUAUAGAGACUAUAUACUCUUUUACUACAAUGUGAACUUUGUAUGCGUUGUAGCUGCAUAUAUUAUAGUUUCAAUGACUACAAAUUAACCAAAACCCUUACAGGUGGAUUCAGUCCAGUAAGUGUUUUUAAGGACAGCAAAUCAGGGAAAGGAACUGAUUGACUUUACUGACAGUUUAUACAGUAGAUAAGAAGUUGAGAUAUGUAGAUAUGUGUGUGUGUGUAUGUGUGCGUGUAUGUAUGCAUAUACAAGUGAUUCAUACAGGGCCCACAGCUGUUGAACACAAAGGCCAAACUGGAUGGACAAACUGUAGAAUGGCCAGGGAAUAUGGUCUUCUAGGAGAUCAGACUAUAAAAGAAGGCAAAAAUUUAACACUAUUCAUUUUCUUAUCCUUUGUCAAGCUAGCUGUAUUCUGCAUUAUUACUGAUCCCACGGGGACCAGGAUGGUUUAGUUUAGAUCUUUCCAGGAUAGCAUAAAAAUUAUUGUGAAAAUUAAAAUGUGGACAUUUAGUCAUUCACUUUCACUUUGGUUUCUACACCAGAGGUCAUUACUUUCCCCUUUCUUUUCCUCAUCCACCUGAUCUUAAUCAGUUAUUUGGUCAAGUUCUACACUCCAGAUUUCCUGUCCUAUCCAUUGCUGUCUGUUUCUACUCUCGUCUAGCAUUCAGUACUAUUAAAUAUAUAUCCUUAUUUUCAUAUCUCUAUAGGACUAAUAUCAUAAUAGUGUGUUAAUGGAUUCUCCUUCAGUCUAUAUGCUGUAUAGAUUAUAUAUAGUUUUUAUUUUUCAGAAAAGUUGGUCAAAUGGUAUGUGAGCUCCAAUAGCAUUCAGGGUAAUUGAUGUAUUUGUUUAUUAGUAGGUGUUUAAAGAGCAAAUUUUAUGUGGGAAGAAUAUUGAAUAUGCUACAUGCAAAUGUAACAAGUUUGCAAUCAAAGGAAUUUAAGGUUAUAAGCCUCACACUCAGGUCUCAUUUUUAUAUGGGCCAUUUGUUUCUGCUUUGUGAUAAAUCCUGUAUGUGAAUGUUUGAAAUGCAUGAGUUACAUGUACCAGUGACAGCACUGCAACAAUUGUCAUAUAUGCAGUUACUUCUGUAAAGGUUAACUAAAGGUGAAUGUUAGGUUACAAUGAUAAUACAUUAAAACAACCAACCAAUAUAUACAUCUUUUACCACAUGUGUAGAAGACUUGGCUUUAAUUCUGCAUGCCCAUAGUAAUAUUGGAAUUCACUGGUAUAAAAAUAAAGGCAGUUAAUUCACUCUCUGUGGCUCUCUCUUACCUGUAUUAUUUAUGCUGUUAUGAGGCAAGGCCAAUAUUGUUUGAGGUCCAGCUCAUUGAUCUUAUGAUCAGUCUUUCUUUUCUUUUCUUCUUUCAAUUUUUUUAAGCAGAGGUAUUAAUAAAUUAUCAUUGUUUAGUUAGA